AUGACUGAAGUGAAAUGCUUAACGGGUGAUUCAAUGUUUGAAUGGACUUGUAAAGGAGAGGAUGAAGAGAUCAGCAUCUGCGGACACUGUCAGUCCUGUGUCCUCUCUGACAAACUUUACAACUACACCCAGUGGCUGCAAAAGGCUGGUGGAGCAUCCCAGCAGAGGUUCCUUACUGGCAUUCUUGUGCGCUGUCAGAAUCUUCACAUCCUGGAGAAUCUCCAGGGUGUUUUGCAAGUGACAACGGGGAAAGAUUUCACCUAUGCCAGGUCCAGAGCCCAGCCGAGAAAACCUGAGGACACCAUCAGCACCACCCAGCGCAUGGGUAGAACUCCGGACGCAAAAAUGCAUGGCAUGGACAUGUUGGAAACCUGGGAAUGGUUUAGGAAGAGCCCAAGCUGGACCAAGUCAAACUAUCUGCUGUCCAUCUUGUCUUUUUGUGACACCUCCCUUUUGCACAUGUUAGGAAAUCUGGUGCGUGUCCUGAUUGUUUGGGAGAAACACAAAUUUCUUCAGUUCAGCAAUGCUGAUAUCAUUGCAGAUCUGUCAGUUACAGAGUCACGUUUCUCCUACCACUCGGAUGACCACCCAGAUCUGGAUCUUCUCUUUCAAGCAUGUUCUUUAUAUGAGCCAGUUGAUCUUCCUCAAGAAACUCAACAGGGCAGCGAAACAGAUGUCUUUAAACAGGAGUGCUUAGAACAGAGUAAGUUGGUUGAACCUAUUGAAUCUAAUUCAAAGCCAUUAAUUUUUUACACUAAUGUGUGCUAUCCAGCAAAGAACAUCAAAUCUUUCAAGAGUAGCUGUGAAGAGAUGUACAUGCAGAGUGUGAACCCCUGGAACACAAGGAGAAAACACAGAGAUUCAGACUGCGACAGCUCAGAUGAUCCGGCCCUAACAGUGGUCCCCAGGUCGUCCAAAUCUCUGUCAGGGGUGAGCCGCCAUAGAGAUUUAAUCCGAAGUCUGCCAGUCGAUAUUGCAAAGAGGAUUUUGGGACUUUUGGACAAGGCCUCACUGUACAGUUGUAAAUGUGUGUCCAAGCACUGGCGAUGCCUAACAGAGGAGAUCUUAACAGAGAUGGAAGUAAAAAAGAGUGUUGAGAAACAGGCCAUGAUCCUGCAGGGUAACUCUACAUCUAAGAUCAACCCUUUUUAUGCCAAAAUAUGUGAGGUCCAAGUGCCCAUCAGUGAGGAGGAAAAGCACCUGUGGCAUGGAGAAUCCUUCCCCAAAUAUAAGGUGGAAAAGGACUUUAGAUCUGUUUACACAGGCAUUAAAACUAAGACAGUCCAAAUGGAAGAACGAAAUGUGUACUGUGGAGUCUAUAACAUCUUGGUCCUGCUGGAAAGAGAGGAUUCCAGUAGAGUGAUGCAUUAUGCUGGGGGUCAGUUUGUGGCUAUUGGGUCCAGGGACCGUACUGUCAGGUUGUUGGAUGUGGCAUCAUUGAAAGAGGUUCCUCCAGUGUUCCAGGGACAUGCAGGGAGUGUCAGAGCAGUGCUGGUCUGUGAAGAAAGAGACUUAGUCAUAAGUGCAAGCUAUGACCUCAGCAUCAGGUGCUGGAACCUGAAGUCAGGCGUAUGUACAAUGAUAUUUCAUGGACAUUUUGGCACAAUAAACUGCCUGGAUUUGUAUGGAGAUAGACUGGUAUCUGGUGCCAAAGACUGCCGAGUUAAAGUGUGGAACCUGCUGACGGGGAAGUCCAUUGACAAUCUCAAGUUUAAACACCUUAAACCAAUCAUGUGCGUAAAAACUGAUGAAAGCCUGGUGAUCAGCAGCUGUACUAGAGGUCUGGUCAGGAUGUGGAGCAUUGAAACUGCAUCACUCAUGAGGCAAAUCAGUGGCCAUAAGGGGGCAGUGCUGUGUCUGUGUCUCGACCAGUGGCAUAUCCUGUCUGGAGGGUCAGAUGGGGUGGUCAAGGCGUGGAGCACCAACUGUAACUUCAAGAAGAGUCUGAUGAGCUUCCAGCAUCCAAAAGAGGUGUUGACAAUGUGUUUCCUGUUCCUGCGGGUUAUUACCGGCUGCAUGGACGGAAAGAUCAGGAUCUUCAACUUCUUAAAUGGGGACUGCAUGAGAGUUAUCAAGACAAACAUGCAGCAGAGCCCCGUUCUGUCCUUGCAUACACACAAUAACAUUGUUAUGGUGAACACCAGAGACAGUACUCUGAUGCUACAGUUCACUGAAGUUCAUUGGGACUACUCUGCCAGUGCCGUGAGGGAUUUUUUGGAUUGGUCUCAUCUUGUCUCCCCUGAAUGUGCACUUCGGAGUUCAGAACGGACUCGAGCGAGCCCAUCCAGCCCAAAAAGUCUGAAGCAUGCACAAGAUACUCAGCAGGUGUCCAGAAGAGCGGCGACAUGGAGUAAGCUCCAGGCUUAUCGGCGCAGCAGAGCUGCCAUUGAACUGCAGAAUGACUUCUUCACCAAGCACCGGCCUGUUCUUUCAGCAGGCAGACCUGUCAGUGGACACAGUAAGGACUUUCAAAGUAGAGUCAUCCACACACAGAGGACUGCCAUCACCAGCUUGGAUAAGAAGACUUCUAACAUCGAAAACUCAGUGCUCAGCCAGAGCGAAAAGGCAUUCAGAGACAGGGUGAGAAAAAGAGGCCCUUACCACCCUUCAACCCUUGACCUAACUCUACUGAGAACCAACUGCUCCCAGCAGAGCCAGUACGGUGACCUGGCCAGGUCUAACUUGGAGCUGAAUGCCAGAGUGCGAGAUGCCUGGGGGCCUUGUCACCCAGGUCCAUCCAUAGGCACUCAAUAUAAAGACUCUGCCUCCCUAAUUCCCCAAACCCCAUUGUCUCAUAAACUGAUGGGACAGCGCUCUCUACAGUCCAGACAGACCUGUUUCAUCACCCACUCUCCUGACCAUCUGGAGGCAGAAUGCCCCAAAGGAUCUCCACCCAAACAAUCUCAUACAUCAUUGAAAGUUAGGGCUGGGAUAAACAAAAUUGGCCCACUGAUUACCACUUCCCAGGAAGAUGGCAAGGCUCCACAGCGAUUGUUUAUGAGGCGAACUUCCAUGGUCCCACAUUGUCCUGAAGAUUUUGAUAUGACUAGUAUGUCCAGCACAUAUCACAACCCCCUAGACCCAUUCAGGGAGCAGGGAACCUUUCAGUUGAGGACAGACACACAGUUAGAGGAAUUCAUUCAGGAGCAGAGUAGGCAACAGCAGAUUCAUACACAUGGAAGAGGUGACCAUGAUAAAACGUUUUGGAAGCACAGCUAUUGUCCUCAGUAA